UGUGAAUAUAUAGGUAAAAGAAGAACAUAAGGAGUCUAAAGUUGAGGAGGAGGAAGAACAAGAGGAGCAAGAUCUCGAUGAGACUAAAAAAUGCAAACCUUUGGAAAUAGACUCUCUGCAGAUGAUCCAUAUAACAAGAAAUAUGAAGGAGUUGGCUGAAAAGUUGGAUGCCGCCAAGAAGUUUGUUGAGGCGAAUGGCUUAGCACAGCUGGAAGAAAGAUAUCAUCAAAGAUAUGUCAGAGUUGAGUCGGCUUUGGUAACUCGCGUCAAGAGAAAAUGGUGCGAACUGGAUGCGAAAUGGAGGGAAAUUGAUGGAAAGUUUGAUGCUGGCAGAAUGUCAUACGCGAUCAUGCUGGACAAUAUGGCUGGAACGUAUGCAUUCAAGGAGUUUGAAGGAACUGUACCUUUCUUUCGAAAAUCGCAACGGUAG